ACCCGACCAGGGUGGCUACUGUAAACGCCUGAGGAAAAAUUAUUGGGUGCAAUGCUGCAACUUCCCGAGAAAAAGCGUUGAGAUUAAUGUGGACUGCACCUCGUUAAUCAUCGUUCCUAUCUUGACGGACAGAGAAAUUUACAGGCCCAAUUCUAACUACCUAAAACUCUGCAAGCCCUCUGGUCCUCGCGUCAUUCCUGCUCUUCCGGAAGCCACUCUGUUCGGUGGACUGCUGUGGGCGUUCCUCGGGCUGUGUUUGCUUGUGCCUGACUCUAGUUCCUGGCGAGAUUAGGCCGGUUGGGCGUUUAUUAAAGCAGAUUUUGGGCAUCCUGUUAGCCUUUGACUGAGAGCGCCGAGGGAGUGCCAUGUUUAAGGAUAACUAGGCAUUCUAUUACAUUUUUUGUUUUUUGAGAUAUUUCUACUGUUUUUAAGAGCUCUGCAAAAAAAAAAGAAAGAAAGAAAACGGGUGCCUUGGGGAUCGGAUUAAAGGACGAGACUUUAAGAAAGGGGACUGAAAGGCCCGCCACCAAGGGAGCUGAACAGGGAUUUCGCCAUGUAGGUCUGGAUGCCGUGUAACUCACAGAAAUCCACCUGCCUCUGCCUGCCAAAUACUUUUCAGAGGUGGGGGUGAGGCACAUGGCCUGCAUCUGCCACAGCACAGCGCAAGUGUGGAGAUCCGAGGGAAAAUGUGUGUCCUGAGCACAGUCAACUAACAACACUGGGAAUAGACGACACAGAGACCCCAGAGCCCCAUCUGGGCCUAUGGUACUUUAUCGCGGGAGCAGCCCCCACCAUGGAAGAGCUGGCAACUUUUGAUCCGGUGGACAACAUAGUCUUCAACAUGGCUGCUGGCUCUGCCCCAAGGCAGCUGCAGCUUCGCGCUACCAUCCGCACGAAAAACGGGGUCUGUGUGCCCCGGAAAUGGACGUACCGCUUGACUGAAGGGAAAGGAAACACGGAACUCAGAACUGAAGGACGCCCAGACAUGAAAACAGACCUGUUCUUGAGCUCCUGCCCAGGGGGAAUCACGCUGAAAGAGAUGGGCCAGGGUUACCAGCGCUUUCUCCUCUACAAUCGAUCGCCACACCCUCCAGAGAAGUGUGUGGAGGAAUUCCAGUCUCUGACCUCCUGCUUGGAUUUUAAAGCCUUCUUAGUGACUCCCAGGAAUCAAGAGGCCUGCCCACUGUCCAGCAAGUGACCGGUGACUUCACCUGUGUCCUAGACAGACAAGAUAGGAGCUGAGUUUUGAGGGGAGAACCUGGAGACUCCUGCUCCAUCUCGUGGAUAAUAAAGAUGAUUUGUCGAUCCUCA